AUGCGGUCGUUCGCUCCUCUGGUUCUGAGCCUCUUGGGAGCUUCUGCAGCUGUCUCCGCUGCGGAGCCUGCGGCUGAUGCCGCCGACUCCAAUGUCAUCUCAUUGACCAAGGACACCUUCGAUGACUUUGUGAAGGAGCACGACUUGGUUCUGGCCGAGUUCUUUGCGCCGUGGUGCGGUCACUGCAAGGCUCUGGCUCCUAAGUAUGAGGAGGCUGCCACUGAGCUCAAGAGCAAGAACAUCCCUCUGGUGAAGGUGGAUUGCACCGAAGAAGAGGACCUGUGCCGCACCUACGACGUCGAUGGAUACCCGACCCUGAAGGUCUUCCGUGGCGCCGAUUCGCACAAGCCCUAUGGCGGUGCGCGUCAGACCGACUCGAUUGUCUCGUACAUGACGAAGCAGUCGAUGCCCGCCGUUUCCAUCGUCACCGAAGAGAACCUGGAGGAAUUUAAGACCCUGGACAAGAUUGUUAUCAUCGGCUACGUUGGCUCGGAUGAUAAGACCGCCAACAAGAGCUUCACCGCGUUCGCCGAAGCUCAGCGUGACAACUACCUGUUCGCCGCCUCCAACGACGCCGCUCUGGCCAAGGCCGAGGGCGCCAAGCAGCCCUCGAUUGUUCUCUACAAGGACUUCGAUGAGAAGAAGGCUGUCUACGAUGGCAAGCUCGAUGAAGAGUCCAUCCUGAAGUGGGUUAAGACUGCCAGCACCCCUCUGGUUGGCGAGCUUGGCCCCGAGACCUACUCCAAGUACAUGGCGGCAGGUAUCCCUCUGGCGUACAUCUUCGCCGAGACCGCUGAGGAGCGUGAGAAAUUCGCUGAGGACUUCCGCCCCAUUGCUGAGAAGCACCGUGGUGACAUCAACAUCGUGACCCUUGACGCUAAGCUGUUCGGCGCCCACGCCAGCAACCUCAACCUGGAGCCUGAGAAGUUCCCCGCCUUCGCCAUCCAGGAGACCACCAAGAACGCCAAGUACCCUUACGAUCAGUCUAAGAAGCUUGACGCCAAGGAUGUCGGCAAGUUCAUCAAGAACGUCCUGGACGGCAAGGUCGACCCCAGCAUCAAGUCUGAGCCCAUUCCUGAGACCCAAGAGGGCUCUGUCACCGUUGUUGUCGGCCGCAACUACCAGGAGGUUGUCAUUGACAACGAGAAGGAUGUUCUUGUUGAGUUCUACGCCCCCUGGUGCGGUCACUGCAAGGCUCUUGCCCCCAAGUACGAGGAGCUCGCUGCUCUGUAUGCCGAUGUUCCUGAGUUCAAGGAAAAGGUCGUCGUCGCCAAGAUUGAUGCCACCGCCAACGAUGUGCCCGACUCCAUCACCGGCUUUCCCACCAUCAAGCUUUACCCGGCCGGCAAGAAGGACGAGCCCGUUGAAUACCAGGGCUCUCGCACCGUGGAAGAUCUUGUUGCCUUCAUCAAGGAGAACGGCAAAUACGAGGUCGAUGGCCUGGCCGAAGGUGCGAAGAAGCCUGAGCAGGGCGGCGAUGUCACCUCUUCCGCCUCCCAGGCUGCGGAGACUCCUGCUCCUUCUGAGGAGUCCCACGAUGAGCUGUAA